GGUUGGCGCCGGCGCCAGCUGAUGUCUGUUCAUUUAUUCUACAGCUGACGUUUGAAUUAAUCUGCCAUUUGGAAAAAUGUCCAGACGCAGUUGCAGUAACACACUGCAAGAAAGAGAUGAAAACACAGCAGACCAAAAUAUCACAUGUACAAGGAAGAGAAAAGCUGAGCAGUGCAAAAGAAAAACUCCAGGAGCCAAGAAACAAAGUUAUGAAAUUCAGAACCGAUGGGAAGAUGACGUUAGUCCCUGUGUCCUUGUUGAGACACCUCACAAGGAACUCGAGGAGACAAGCAACUUGUCUGGUUUUAAACGCUUCCGGUUCAAAAACCUGUUCGUCAAACCCUCUCCACUGCCUUGCCUCAGCUGGGCCAGUUCAGAUGAUGUGUGGAUUAAGAUGCUGAAUAAAGAAUUGAAGUAUACCCAUGAUAAAACAUUCAUGCAACAGCACCCCAGCCUGCAACCAAAAAUGAGGGCCAUUCUCCUUGACUGGCUUUUAGAGGUGAGUGAAGUGUAUACUCUUCACCGAGAGACUUUUUACCUGGCUCAGGACUUCUUUGAUCGCUUCAUGCUGACUCAGGUAGCCAUUGGGAAGAACCAAUUGCAGCUUAUUGGCAUUACUUCACUCUUCAUUGCAUCUAAACUGGAGGAAAUCUACCCGCCAAAGCUUCAAGAGUUUGCGUAUGUCACAGAUGGUGCCUGUGAUGAAGAUGAAAUUCUUGAAAUGGAGCUUAUAAUGCUGAAGGCAUUAAAUUGGCACCUCUGUCCAGAAACUCCCAUCUCAUGGUUGAAGCUUUAUGCUCAAGUGGGCUCUCUGAAAGAAGGGCCAACUUUUCUUGUGCCUCAGUUUUCUCAGGAAACCUACAUACAAAUGACCCAGUUGCUGGAUCUUUGUAUACUGGAUAUUAACUCACUAGAUUUCCAGUAUGGAGUUCUGGCUGCUGCUGCAUUUUGUCACUUUACCUCAAUUGAAAUGGUGCAGAAAGUAUCUGGCCUGACAUGGGACAGUAUAUCCAGCUGUGUGUGCUGGAUGGCUCCCUUUGUGAGAACUGUGAAUGAGUAUGGAUGCCCAAAACUGAAGGACUUCAAAAAGAUUGCAGCAGAGGACCGGUACAACAUCCAAACUCACGUUGACUAUCUGUCCAUGUUGAAUGAUGCUCAACAGCGACAGCAGGAGAUCUUGGACAGGUUGUCUCCAUUAGCUGUAGGAGGCCUGCUGACUCCACCCAAAAGUACAGAAAAACCCACUAUUAUGUGAAAGGCUCAAACAAACUGCUGGUCCUGUUUCUGAUCCUUUCACCAGCAUGGGCAUGCCUUUCUCUUUGUUUGCAAAGGACUUCUGGACCUAACAUCAGUGUUAAAGAGCCUUACAGGAUGAUGUGAUGGUGCUGUUAUGAGUGGUCAUGACCUCACAGGAUGGUGUUCAGACUUUUUUAUUUGUGCCUUCUUUCAAAGACUCAGAAUAGAAAAUUGUUUACAAGUAUUUAAGCCCUAUACAAUAUUUUAGGGCUUUCAUUUUCAUGUACCAAGAGCAUUGCAAUGUUGUAUCUUCGAUUGCUCAUUUUAUAGGAUUGUGUGUUUGUCCUAUUUUUCUAGUUGUAUAAAACUGUGUUGAAUGUUUAUGGACUAAACUAUGUUGCCAUAGGAUUUCUAGUCAGUGCUGCUCUAAACCUCUGGUCAUUGUGAAGCUGAACUGCAGCAUGGAGACAUGGAAGCUGACAUUGUUGGGCGAGUCAUUCUCACAAGUGUGCUGCAUUGUUUGAAUUUUUCUUAGGAAUAUGUUCCUUAGACUGCCUAUUUCACUCUGGAAGAAGUUUAAUUAAUUUAAAAAAUGCAGAAUUAUUUGCAUAUUUAUGGUGCCAUCUUUUUAUUUUAAAUUUAACUUUCAUGAUGCUAUGAAUUACCUUUCAUUUUAUUGCCAAAGGCAAAUAUUUAAUUCAAUGGGUGGUUAUUUAUGAAAUGUGGUAAGAUGCAGUAUUGUACUAGAUCUUACUUUUUUUUUUUUAAAUAAAUUACUCUCAGAACUGGGAGCAAAAUACUGUGCCUGUAACGUAGAUGGUAUAAAACUGUACAUAAGAGAAUAUGUGUACAUAUGGUAAUGGCAAGCAAGGAUUUCCCUUUCUUGUUUGGUAAAUUUGAACUAUUAAAGCAUUGAUAGAAAUUUAGUGAUUGUUUUGAAUUAUUACUGGGAAAUAAAAUAUUAGAAAGGCU